UUCUACUACGGUAGACUGUGGGUGAGACUGAAGAACGAAGAAAACAAUCUUUGCAUUGCGUAAAUGCAGAGAUUUUCUUCAGUCCCUGACAUUAUGAACGGCGAUUAAGGGUUACAAAUUCUUUGCAACAGUUCGUCAUCUUUACGCGGGACAUGGAACUCGGAUUGGAAUGUUCAAGUGACGUACCAUUGAUUAUUUGAGCAGACAGUGGAGCUCAGUUGUGCGCGGGGCUGGUUGGCUACUUCUUAUAUCUUGCUAGCUAGCUUAGCCACUACCCAGUAAUCAGUUUGCCAGCCAGCUUUUUAAACCGAGAGAGUAGCUGCAUUUUUUCUGUUAUUAGCAUUUUUUUGUGAGAAUCCUCACACAAAGUAUUUCAUUAUCAUCAAAGAACUUUUGCAUUUGUUUAGCUUAUUUUCCUAGCUAAACGGGGUGAUAAGAGUUCUGUCAACUAACUGCUCGCAAACGGCUUGGUAGAGAUACACGCACACGGACCAUCACGCCUCUAGCCGUAGUAACGUUUUUGUUUUUUGCUUUUUAUUUUUUUCUCCCUGUUUUUAGUAGAGCGUUAUAAGUUUAGUUUUGUUAAUGUCUCUCGACAACUUGAAACACUCUGCGAUCCUUUCAACUUUAUUUAAAAUGGCAGAAGACAAUGACUUAAUAGGAGCCUGCGAAUUCAUGAAAGAUCGACUAUACUUUGCCACCCUAAGAAGCAAGCCGAAAAGUACAGCAAACACCCACUAUUUCUGCACGGAUGACGAGUUUGUAUAUGAGAACUUUUAUGCAGACUUUGGACCCCUCAACUUAGCCGUGUUGUACAGAUAUUGCUGUAAACUCAACAAAAAACUGAAGUCUUUUACACUGACCAGAAAGAGGAUUGUGCACUACACCAGCUUUGACCAGCGAAAGAGGGCUAACGCCGCUGUCUUAAUCGGUGCCUAUGCUGUGAUCUACCUGAAGAAGACACCAGAGGAGGCCUACAGGGCCCUGAUCUCUGGUUCCAAUGCCUCAUAUCUGCCCUUCAGGGACGCCUCAUUCGGAAAUUGCACAUACAACCUGACGGUUCUCGAUUGCUUACAAGGAAUCCGCAAGGCCCUGCAACAUGGAUUUUUUGACUUUGAGACGUUUGAUGUGAAUGAGUAUGAACACUAUGAGCGUGUGGAAAACGGAGACUUCAAUUGGAUCGUGCCUGGAAAGUUUCUGGCGUUCAGCGGACCACACCCGAAAAGUAAAAUAGAGAAUGGUUACCCCCUUCAUGCCCCAGAAGCCUACUUCCCUUACUUUCGUAAACACAACGUCACGACGGUGGUACGACUGAAUAAGAAGAUAUACGAUGCCAAGCGUUUCACAGACGCCGGCUUUGACCACUACGACCUGUUCUUUGUGGAUGGCAGCACGCCCAGCGAUGUCAUCAUGCGCCGUUUCCUCCACAUCUGUGAGAGCACGGACGGAGCAGUAGCUGUCCACUGCAAGGCUGGCUUAGGUCGGACCGGCACUCUGAUCGGCUGUUACUUGAUGAAGCACUACCGGUUCACGGCAGCCGAGGCCAUCGCCUGGAUCCGAAUCUGCCGACCCGGGUCAGUCAUCGGACCCCAGCAGCACUUCCUGGAGGAGAAACAGACGACUCUGUGGGCCCAAGGGGACGUGCAGCGCUCUAAACACAAACAGAGGCUUCUGGACGAGCGCGGAGUUUCCCGCCUCAUCUCCACCAUGGAUGACCUGACCAUCAACACCACCAUCCUAAAAUCGCACAGCAUGGACCGCAUGGAGGAGAAUGACUACGGUGAGAAUGGACUGUGUAUGACACAAGGAGACAAACUGCGUGCCUUGAAGGGCAGACGUCAGCCGCGGUCUGCCACCACCGGUGCCCUCAGACUGGAAGACAUGAGAAUGCACAGCAGGUCCCCGUCCCAGCCGCUCAGCAGAAUGAGCCCAGCAGUGGCCACUCAGAGCUCAGUGUCUCCUCUCAAGUCGUCAAAAGUUCCGUCGUCAUCGAUCUCGGCCUCGGCCAAAAGAAUCAGCCGCGCUUCCUCUUCCUCAGCGACCAACCUCAAGAGUGCCUCCGUAAACUCAAGGUUAGCCAGCUCCCUUGGCAAUCUGUACAAAGCCCAUGACAACGACGAGGAGGACGCUGCCGGCACGCUAAAAUCAGACCCCUCUUCUCCGCCGCUCUCCCCCACCUCUGCUCACGCCGCCUCGCCCCGGACGGGCUACCUCCACGGCGGCUCGCUAGGUCCCGCCUCCCACAGUUAUCACUUUGAGGUCAACAACAACAAUCAGUAUAACUCCUCCAUCGGGGGAGGCCCUGGGAGCCCCAGCUGUAGCAUUGCCGCCUUCAAUCUCAACCACGUCGGCUCCGGGGCUCCUCCUGCGGGAAAGCUGGGAGGCGCAGAGCUCAGUCAGCCCAGGGCGCAGAGUCACGCGGGGCUGGGUGGGCUCCCCACACGCUACCUCAGCCGCUCCAUUCCCUCCCUUCAGUCUGAAUAUGUUCAAUACUAAAGCAGCAACGCUACGCUGAACCUGAGAGGCUGCCCCUCCAUCUCCACCCUCCGCCUCUUCUCUCGGACUGCUUCACACCCUUUUGCCUAUCUUUUUGUUUGUUUGUUUUGGUUUGUUUUUUUUUUAAGGGAAAAUAUAAUAAAGGGGGCGGAGCUCUGUGGCCAGGCGGUCCUAUUUUAUGUCACGUGGACACAAAUCCACAGGCUUUGCUGCGCACACUGAAGUUUUGGGAGAAGAUUUGUGUCUCUUCUGUCAACCUCAGGUCUUAAUGAACUCUGUACCAGCCGUUCUUUCUCCAGUCACGGAGACGUGGUUCUUAUCUAGCAGAUCAUGCUUUGCGCAGUAGCAUUAGCUACCCGAAUGAUCCAGGUCCUUUAAGCAAAUUAAGCUGUCCUUCAGUUCAAUGCACUCUUCCACUUGGUAAAGUCUAUCAUUCAU